AAUACCAUUUUAAAAACGUUUAUAAGACUGACGUAAAUAGUGAUGUCAAAAUGUUAUACCAAACUAUAACUGACAUUUCAGAAACGUAUAUUUCAACAUUCAUUAGCUGUGCCAGUUUGCCUUUCAAGAACGGAAUGGCGGCAACUGCACUUUGCACAAGAUAUGAAUGAUACACAGGUGGAAAUAUUCCAGCCCGAGGGAACUGAAGGCCGCCAGUGGUUUUAUACAGUAAGGUGCGACUCUGAAAACCACAACUCGUACGACCAAGAGUGUCCUUUAUGCUGUAGAGGGAUCUCCAGUAGGUAUGCCUCGAGGUGCAUUACAAGGAAGUCGUACGUCAUAGCUUUCGUGAAGAAACUCGAGGACACACAGUACGAUUGGAAUUGGAUUCAGGUGGAUUCCAGCUGUGACUGUGCCAUAUUUGAAAUUGUUCCUUGAUUGGUAUAAACGUGA